UGCUGUCUGCGAUUAAUCAGUCGGCGAAAGGCUAUUUACACUAAGCGCAGCAGACAGCAACCGAAGCAAAUUGAAUUGAACGGGAAAACACCGUAAAUGUUUGGAAAAUAAAGUAAAUCCUGCAAGAAAAAACAUGGAUUUUGUAUCAAAAGUUUCUGUUUUUUUAAUAUUUAUAGCAGCUUCUUCUUCUCUAACCCUUGGUGAUAAGUUUGAUUUUGAAGUAGAUGGCAUGGUCACAGUUAGACUUAUGCAUUAUCUCUCCGAUGAUGGUAACCCAGAAGACAGAGGAAAUAUAACAGUUCAAAGCAUUCGGACUGGCUCAGUAGCACUUUCGCAAGCGGGUUUGAUGCCACACCAUAGCACAAGAUUGAAGGCUCUUGCCAGGAAUGACCAAAUAUAUCGUUUACAAGCAAUGGUCGAGGGUAGUAAUGAUAAAGUUACAAAAUUUUUGACAUUUAUGAAAGCUUGUGCUCUUGUAGAAUCAGGAUUAAGUGAUGUACUGACAGUGUCUCUGGAUCACAGUGGCAAUGUAGUUGCAGUUAGUUCAUCAGCUCCUUUUGCUCAGUGUGAUGGUGUAUUUCCUUCCGACAACCAGCUGAGAUUUUUUAACACUACUGUUAUUGUUAAACACAUGGAUGUUGGACCUGUACCGGAUACAGCAACCUACAUUCAGAAGAUUGAGAGGGAAAGAGAAGCAAGAGAGAGAGGAGGAGACCCUAAAGACAAUAGGUCAUUCCUUGCCAAAUAUUGGAUGUACAUAGUGCCCCUCGUGAUAUUUGUUCUUUUGUCAAGUGCUGGUCAGCCAGAAGGUGGUGCUGGAGGGGCACCAGCACCAGCUAGAUGAUCUCAAAUGCUAUGUAGAGGACAAUGACAAGGAACUCAUUCCAGACCACUGCCCAUGUCACCCUCAUUAAAAGCACCCAAUUUUUUUCUGUAAGAACAUUCAACUGUAUUCAAGGAUUUCUUUUUGUGUGUAAAAAUUGUCUGUAUAAAUUUGCUGUUUUGCGUGGUGUUGUAUUUAUAUUCAAGAGGCGUUUAUUAAAGUAAUACAUUUAAAACUA